AUGUCUGCCCAGUUCACCGUCCCUCUCCCCACCUCCACCGGCCUCGCCGAGCCCGCAGGCCAGCUCAUCAAGGGUGCCACCCAGGAUGACGGCUCUCUCCGUGACGCCGCCCUCCUUUUGGGCAUCAAGCUCGAUCUCGAGGCCGAGGUCCACCUGACUGCCCGUGUUAAGGGUGAUGUCGUCGUUGGUCUUUACUAA